AUGAUGAUCUGCAUAACGGGAGAGGUGCGUCGAACUAUCUCUAUCAGGCUCCUGAAGUUCCUCUUCAGGAUCUCUGUCUGCUGCAGCACGAACGUGAAGGACGACAGCUUCAAUGCUCUUGCCAGUGCUCAGGAUAUCGAAUACCUUAGCAGAAACAUCCUUAACACAAGCACCGGAAAGCAUGGAAGCCACACGGACGUGAUGAACGACAGAAUUGCCGAUGAUUGCGACGUCGCUUCCCAUCAUGUAGAGGGGGCUAAGCAGUUCUCUGUGGGGAUCUCAAACACCAGAGGUGGUGGCAGGGGAGAGUACCUGCCCCGGGUUUUGGCUCGGUUGAUCGUGGUAUUAAAUAUUCAGUUCACCGUUGAUAACGAUUCUCUUGAUUUUGGAAAGAAAUCUAAAACAAUGGGAGUUGGAAAGAAAGUUAAAAAGUUCUGUAACUGGGCCUUUUCUCGGAAAUCCGGGAAAACCCAGCAGAACCAGCGUACAACCGAGGGCGACCUCGAGCACCAGAGAUGUUCUGAUGGCGAAGCUGGACCAAGUAACGCCGCGUUCAUCUCUCACAUUUAUACUGGAGCUGGUGUUUCACCAAGCCCAGCACCACAGAAAGCGGAGAAGAAACUAAAGAGGUUCCGGAAAUGGUUUUCUCGGAAAUUCAAGAAAACUAAAACCAGAGCCCAACAGACCCAGCCGAGCAGCCCACAGACUCAGAGACCCCCUGAUGGUGGAGCUGCAAGUGUGUCGCCGAGGCCGGUUCAGGACGAGCGGGUCAACAACAGGUGCGUGUCUAUCCAGACCCCUGUGAAGACCCCGUCAACAGAAACCGAACAGCACGACGACACUGAAUGCUGGCACUAUUGUUUAUCUUCACUGACCACCGAGGAAAACAGCGAAUCUGACCGCGCUUCACUGCAAAGCUGGCACUUUUGUGCGUCUUCGCUUGGCACCGCGAUCAGCGAAUCUGACCGCGCAUCAGUGUUUAGUUGGCACUCUUGUGCGUCUUCGCUCGGCACCGCGGAGAUCAGCGAAUCUGACCGCGCUUCAGUGCACAGUAGGCACCCUUGUGCUUCUUCGCUGACCCCUGACCACAACGAUGAGGAAAACGCUUCCAGCGAGGACUCCAGCGUGUCCGAGGAAAACACCUCCUCCUCAUCAGAUGACAUUUUUUGGAAGACAGAGGAGAACACCCCAUUUAAUGUGGAGGGGGCAGAUACCGGUAACAUCUACAAGGAAUAUAAAGUCGAUAAGCUUAUAGGUCGUGGAACAUUUGGAACUGUCUCUGCUGGAAUUCGUCUGUCGGAUUCACGAACGGUGGCAAUCAAAUAUGUGAACAAGACUCAUGCAAGAAGAACCAUGAAGAUUCUACCAUAUCAGAAGACUGUUCCACAAGAAGUCGGUUUGAUGUAUUUGAUAAGCAGAGGUCCUUACGUUCCUCAAAUAAUACAGCUGCUGGAUUGGUAUGAGUCACGAAACCAAUACGUACUGGUGGUAGAGCGUCCCGAACCAUGUAUGGACCUGGACAGGUUUGUAAUGCAGAAUGGUUGGAAAAUCAGCGAAUCCAAAGCACGAGUGAUCAUACACCAGGUGGUCACUGCUGCAAACGCAUGCUGUGAAAGGGGCGUCUACCACAGCGACAUCAAGCUGGAAAACCUGCUCAUCAACCCCCACACCUUGCAGAUCAAACUAAUAGACUUUGGUGCUGGAAGUGUCGUGACCAAAAUUGGCUACACAACAUUCCGUGGUACAAGAGCUUAUGCUCCUCCGGAAUUUGACAAAUGUGGCAGGUUGCACGCCAAGACUGCAACAGUGUAUUCUAUAGGUGUGCUGUUGUUCAAGAUGCUGUGUGGACAUUUCCCUAAAAAAGAGCUCAGUAAGAUUGCCACCAGAACCUGGCAGCCCGACGACCUAUCCAAAGAAUGCAUAGAUCUGAUCUGUUCGUGUCUGCAAAGUGAUCCAGCCAAGCGGAUUCGUCUUGAAAAGAUCCUCCUCCAUGACUUUUUCCAGGUCUUGAUCCUGAAGCCAAGCAACAGAAGAAACGAUUAA